CUUGCGUGAGGACGUGCGUAGAUCAUCACUUAAUACUCGCCGUAAUACGAACAUCGCAGGCUUCGAACAGCGGAAAUAGGAACAACAAAAAAUAGUGAAAAAACCUUAACUGAACUGAAACCGCAGGAUUGAACUCUUUGCUUCGGCGUGCGUGUGUGCGAUGCAGUUUUUGUGUUUUUGACACAGCAUUUACCAAAACAGAAGGCGGAAAAUAGGAAAAAGAAUCCAGAAAAGGAUCUGCCUUAGCCCCAAACUGAGUGUGUGUGAGUGGGUGAAGCUGUUGCUUCCUCCCCUGAGCUUGUGUGUGUGUGUCAGUGUGUGUUUGUGCAGUCACGUGUUCUAAGGUGAUUUUAACGAGUUCCGUGAUACGCGAAAUGAGAUAAGGAACGAGAAAGGAGCAAAAGCGGAGAAGCAACCGGCUUAGGUGGACAAAAAAAGGAGCAACAACCAAAUCCCCGUUCGCCAGGACACACAGGAUACUCGCUGGGUGCGCCUUAAAGGAUUCGCAGAUAAAUCAACCGAAAAUUGCAUAAAAUAAAGUUGCUUGCCAAAUUGUGCGCAGCAAGAGAACCAACAAAAACCAGUAGAAACAAAAAUCGUAUGCAUGUACACAUGUGAAAUAUAACUAGCGAAUAACAUUGAAAAUAUUAAAAAAAAAAUAUUGAGAGAAAAAACACUGGAAAAACUAAUCUGAAGCAACGAAACAAACGAAUAUCAACAUGCGGUUUUUACAAACUGUUUACCAAACGGCUUUGACCACAUUUCUUCUGGCAAUCACAUUAGAGCUGAGCGAAGCUUUAAAGGAUGUCCGGGUUCGAAUUCCGCACGCGGUGCGGCGCAGCGAGAAGGCCAUUCUAAAAUGCUUCUACGAUAUCGAGGAUGAUAGUUUAUACUCCGUAAAAUGGUAUAAGGGCAGAAGGGAGUUCUACAGGUACACUCCCAAGGAGACGCCGCCCAUGAAGGUCUUUCACUUUCCUGGCGUCAAAGUGAGACGCGUGUCCUCGAACGAGAGCCAAGUGGUGCUCGACGCAGUAACAAUGGCUACAUCCGGUAAAUACAGUUGCGAAGUAUCGGCGGAUGCGCCCUCAUUUCAUACAUUAAUAGCGGCAGCAGAAUUGGAAGUUAUUGAAACGCCGCACAAUGCGCCAUUCAUAUCGGGCAUACGUCCUCGAUAUCGGGUCGGCGACAUAUUGCGAGGUAAUUGCACAUCGCGACAUUCGCGGCCGGCGGCCAAUCUCACAUGGACAGUGAAUAAUGAAGAGGUUAAUCCCGCCCUUGUGCGACACCACAAAGUUCUCCGCGAUGCCCGCAACGAAAUGGAAACCGCGAUAGUGGGUAUUCACUUUGUGGUCACCGAUCAGCACUUUGAUAAUGGAAAACUUAAGCUCCGCUGCAGUGCCCAGUUACAUGAUGUUUAUUGGAAAACCACCGAGAAAAUCGUCCUCGAAACGGAUCUUUUUCCCAAGCACGGAAACGGGGCCAAUGGAAACCAUGUUAAUCCCGACGAUUUCUAUGACCAAUAUGCGCUGCACGAGGACAGCCAUUUCCAUAACAAGAAGAACAGCUAUUUAACGCAGCUACAGGACUUUUUCUUUCAUUUUGUACCCUCAGGCGAAGAAGACGACGGAACCGAGGGCGGAUUGGAGGACGGAGGAGCAGCCUGGCGGGGAGCCGGCUCAUCCAGUUGCCGUCCAAGUGCAAGUCAAUCCUGGGCACUCGGUGGAUCGCUGGUGGCGGCGGUGCUCAGUUGGACUCUGGCCCGGCAAUUAGUGUCGCCGUUGCAGGCGAUGGUGGUGAUGACAAAGGCCGGCGGUGCAGCGUGCAACACGAGCGAAAGGUGCACAAUCCGACGGACAGGAGCCGUUGGAAUGCGGGUCAUCGCAACAAAGGGGCAUCCCAAAUCCUGCCUGCGGGUGUCGAAAUGUAGCUGGAAAGGAUGCGGAUGCGAGUGCGGCAGGACCAACAGCAGAUGCAUCAGGCAAUUAACAUGAUUCAAUUGUCACGCAACUCCAGUGCCACACUUCAGGGAGGGAAUGGGAUUCGGAGGUAGCCAGUAAUAUGGAGUCCAGCUAUAGUUAGAGGAUGUGAAAGGAGGGGAGAUUUCAGCCCAAGGCCAAGACCCAGAAGCAACUGCAGGAUGUAUCUAAAAAUAUUUACACUAACACACCAGACACUCGUUUCAGCUAGCUCAAAGUAACUUCAAAUGCAUUUAAGGAUUGAAUACAAAACAUACAAAGACAAUGUAUCAAGAUAAGCGAAAUACAAGCAAAACGCUAGUUCAUCAAAAAAUGCAGCGAUAUAUAUUUGUUUAAGUUAUCUAAAACGGAGAUGGUCACGGGGGUACUAUUGAAAAAUUUUAAAAUUUUAAUAUCUACGAAUUUCAUACUUUUUUGUGAGAUUUCCGAAUCCAUUCCAAAGCCACUCCGCCAACUCCGAAAUUCAUUUCACAAAGCAAAUGAAAAAUGUUGUGCUAAGCUUUUAAUUUUAGGUUCUCUAAACAUUUAUAUUUAUAUAUCAAAGUCAAGAUUAUUUAUAAAUCGUAUAAAUGAUAUUUAUAUAUAUGUAUAUGUUCCAUAUAAAACCAAAAAAUAUAUAUAUAAACAUACUACGCCUAAAUGUAUUUGCCCCCCAAAAAAAAAAACACAAAAGAAAAAAAUCUAAGGCAAUAGUAAGCAAUUAGAACCUAAGUCGAAAUAUUGCCUAUAUAUGUCAAAGUAUAUAUGUAUUGUACUUGUAUAUAUUAUAUAAAUGAAACGAAAACCAAAAAGAUCGAGAUAUGUAUGAUAUAAGAAUUUACGGUAGAUAAUCAAAAUAAAAAAAGGC